CAAAGUGCAUUAGCGCUGCUUCCAGCCCUGGUUUAUUUUGUUUAUAUUCGCUGGUGCUCUUAAAAAUCCCACUCAAAUGGACGAAAUCCUUUUUCCCACUCAGCAGAAGAACAAUUCCCUGAGCGACAGUGACGAUGUCGACCUUAAAUUUUUCCAAGCGGCACCUGGCGAACGGAAAGACAGUGAAACCUCGGAUCCGGGAAACGACGCAGACCGCGAGGGUAAAGAUGUGGAUGGGGACAACAAAAACACGGACGGAGACGGGGAUUCAGGAGAGCCGGCGCACAAGAAGCUCAAGACCAAGAAGGAACUGGAGGAGGAGGAGCGGGAGCGAAUGCAAGUCCUCGUUUCUAACUUCACGGAGGAGCAACUAGAUCGCUAUGAGAUGUACCGUCGGUCAGCCUUUCCCAAGGCCGCCGUCAAGCGUCUGAUGCAGACCAUAACUGGAUGUUCUGUGUCUCAGAACGUCGUGAUCGCCAUGUCCGGCAUUGCAAAAGUGUUCGUUGGGGAGGUGGUGGAAGAGGCCCUCGACGUGAUGGAAGCUCAAGGCGAGUCUGGUGCUCUGCAACCUAAAUUCAUCCGUGAGGCUGUACGCCGUCUGAGGUCCAAGAAUAGAAUGCCAAUAGGUCGAUACCAGCAGCCCUAUUUCAGACUGAACUAGUGUGUUGUGAAACCAGAUAGUUUGUAAGGUUAGUCAAUAAUAAAAAUGUGUUUCCCCUAUUAGAAGGUAAUUGCUUAUUAUCGCAAUUUGUAGUAAUCAUAAUUCCUAAAAUUAAAAAAAAAAAAAAAACAAAUUUUUGUAAGGAAAA